AUGCAGCGACUGCCGAGGCUGCCGGCACGGCCGGAUCUACCGACGGGACUCGGUCCUAGGGCGCUUGAUGCGAGCGGCAACACGAGCACGUCUGCUGGCGGGAGGAUUGGAGGCGGCGAAAAGCCUGUGCCUCAACCGGUUAAUGCUACUCGACUUUUCGUUUUGACGCAACUGUUGGCUGGAAGGCAUUGGUCAAUUGCUUCGUCACUUUGCGCUAAUGUCUGA